AUAAACGCUCACUUUGGCACUGACACAGACCAGUCUCUGAGAAACUUUGGCAGAGGUGUCACAUCCAGAAAACAACUGACAGCUGUGCAGAAAAGAUGGCAUGCACCUCGCGGCUCGGUGAGGGUGCCUUUGGCAGUGUGCGCAAGAGGUACUACAAAGACCAACUGGCCGCAAUCAAGAGAGUACCGAAAAUUUACAUCUCCGAGAGACAUCUUGACAGAGAGUGGAGCAUAUGCCAAAAUCUCAAUCAUAGAAAUGUGGUGAAGAUCUUGGGAAUGCCGUGGCUGGAGGAGUCUUACUACUGGUGCUUUCCUUUGGAGUUCAUCAACGGAGAAACAGUGGAGACAUUCAUCUUUGAGCGAGGAAAAUCAAAUAUAAAGCUGUCUUUAUCAACCAAAGCAACCAUCAUCACAGGAAUGUCUGAAGGACUGCACUACCUGCAUAAGAAGGACAUCGUACACCAGGACCUCAAACCUGACAAUAUCAUGCUUGAGUACGGCACCCUCAGAGCUGUCAUCAUUGACUUGGGUUUGGCCAAAUUAUACCAAGGUGGCUAUUCUUCCGCUACUGACGGGGGUAACGAGGCCUACUCGGCCCCCGAAAUAUUCAGUGGACAGAGACGAAACAUGUGCUCUGAUGUAUGGGCCAUGGGAAAGAUCAUUGGCGAAGUUCUGCUCGAUGGUAGACUCCCCACCCGCAACCUCUCUUCCGCCACCAUCCAGCGGCUUCUUUGUGAGCAUCCGUACUGUGACCCCGUCGCUGACAUGGUCGAUGGAAGUCCGAUAGAAAGAGCCGGAAUGGCCGGUGUGAUCGGGGCCUUAAGGGCAGCGGGGCAGGCCUGUGGCGGGGGGAGCAGUACGCAAGCAGCUCUACCCCUCGUGAGGGCGGGGCAUUGGGUCCCAAAUGAUGCUAACGCACUUUCUGUGUUGGGUGUUCGGUUGCCAGCCCCCGUACCCUCCACAGGUACGGUACAGCACCGUCAGGUAGAAGCCCACGGUGGAGGCGGGUAUACGCUAGCCCAGGCGGAGUUCAGAGACGGAAGAUUUACGUACGGGAGCCGCACAACAUACACUCCCUGAGUGCAGAAAAAUGGAUUUUAGAAGAUCCAUAGCUAUUUACACAGCUUUUUUUUUUUUUUAAACAAAUAGAAUAAUUUAUAUUGCUGGCUAUUUAAAUUGAUAUUAAGUAGUAUCAAUGAAACCUACAACUUUAGAUUACAUGUGUAGUUCCUUACCCAUAUUACAUUGCCAUACACUGACAUAUUUGAAGAGAGCCAGCUUGCGUCCAUCGACCUUUCUGUGAUAAAAUGGCUUUUAAACUGUUUCUCUAGUGAUCACUGUAGUCUUUUUCCCCUUUAUUUUAAUCAGAAAGCAGAUGAAAUAAAUAACUGUGGUAUCUCUAUACACCUGUUUGGUAGAGGGCAAGCUAACAAACAAAGGGAAGACAACAAUGAAGAUGAUUAUAAUAAUAAAUGUUGUAGUUAAUAUGUGUAGAAUUGUGUACUAGAAUUCUUUUUUAGACAUGCAUGUUUUCAGUUUUGCUGAUGUAAAUGUAAUAUUUUCUUAUACUAACAAUAAUUGUACUAGUGUAACUAAUAUGAAUAUUUCAAAAAUACAAUUACCGAUCAAUAAUUGUCAUUGAUUACCAGUAAUCUGAACUAAUAAAUAAUACUGUAGUCUAGGAGGAGCAAGCCUGGGAGUGGUACGAAAGCUCUCUCAGAAGCAACAAACCUAACCUUAUUUGGAAUUUAGCAUGGUGUAGCCAAUUAUCAUUUGCUAGUAAAUUGAGUGCUUACUGUAAAUUAUAUAGAUGUUCAGUGGGAAUGCCUGUGGGAUGUAGACAUUGUCUUUUUCUGUGUGUGUGGGCCAGCUCUUCUUCUGCAGAAAAAAGAACCUUGAAUGCUGACAGUU